AUGCCAGAAAUAGAUGUGCCUACUCGUUGGAAUUCAACAUACCUUAUGUUUCAACGAUUCGAAAAAAUCAAGAUAAUGACAGAUAUUCUUGUUGCAAGCCAUCCAAAUCUUCAAGAUAAUUAUUUAACAUAUGCUGAGCAUGAUAUAUUAAAA